CUUGGAAAAUAAAUGUAGGAACAAAACUGACCGUUUUUUUUUCCUCUGUGUCGGAUGGGUGAGAGUUGACUGCAGUGGAAAUCAGAAGCUCCUCUCGUGAUUCUGCUUACGAAGAGCGUGGGUUCCUCUAAAAAGACUUUGAACUUGGGAGAUUUUGUUUUGUACGAAACCACACAGAAGAUGGGGGAAAGUGCAGCACUCAGAGGUUGCCCUUGUUCUCCUUUUCAAAUCAAAUGUCACAUUGACUCGAAUCCAGCAUUGGAAGCAUGUGGGGAACUGCAGCAUAUCAGCCCGGCGCAAUGUAUCCAUCAGACUGGAAGGAAGCCCAAAACCAAAACUCCACUGGCCAAAAUGCAUCCUCUGCAGAAACCCCAAGUACCUCCUAAGCCUGUCCACCUCAAGCCUGGGCAAGAAAGAAUUCCUCCUGCACCUUCUCGGCCUUUACCAGCUGAUCCCAAGUCAUCAAGGAGCUUAGCGCCCGGAGAGGAAGAAAUACCAAUAUCAGCAGGAGUCAACACUCUCAUUGAGAAAUUUGAAAGUAUUAGGCAACCUGUACAUAUUCUUCAAAGGAACCAGCUAAAUUUAGCUCUUAAGAUGGAACCAGGCCUGGACUCAUCCAAACAGUCGAGCUCGUGUGACUGUGACAUGGUAGCUUCCAGCGGCUGUUCAACAAAUGAAAAAAGUGAAGCAGAUGAAAAUGAGCCAGACGUACCGUGCGGUGCGGAUCUAUCUAACACAGACAUAAUGAAAAUUAAAGAGCUAAGCAUAGGCGAUAACAAAAGCCAUGAAGACUGUACUGCUGUGAAUGUGAGCAAAGAACCCUCUAGAGAGCUUAGCAGUAAAGACUCGACUGCAGAACUGAACGGUAAUGGUAAAAUUCCCAACAGAGACAGUGGCAUUGACAGCCCUUCUUGUAGCGUGGCAGGGGAAACUUUCCCCAACGAAGAAGGUGCAGAGCAGAAGAAGCCUAGUGUGUCUGGGAAUCCGGGAGAGAUGGAACCUGACAAAAAGGGCACCAAAUCUUCCUCUGCAGAGCAGAAGAGAGACUCCACACAGGAUGAAGACAGUGAUAUUGAUGAAGGAAGUAGUGAGGAACAAGAAACAGCAGAAGUGCCAAAGUUAGAGUAUAUGGAUAUAAACAAGUGUACAGAGCCCCAAAAGCUAUUCAACAUUGCAAAUGAACUGCUCCAUACAGAAGAAGCGUAUGUUAAAAGACUCCAUCUGUUGGAUCAGGUGUUUUGCACUAAGUUGUCAGAAGCAGGUAUUUCAUCUGAAGUGAUAACGGGCAUCUUUUCAAAUAUUUCUUCUAUCUAUUGUUUCCACGGACAAUUUCUUCUUCCUGAGCUCAAAACAAGAAUUACACAAGAAUGGAGUGUGAACCCACGGUUAGGAGACAUCCUGCAGAAACUGGCUCCUUUCCUGAAGAUGUAUGGAGAAUACGUGAAGAACUUUGACAGGGCAAUGGACAUGGUGAAUACGUGCAUGCAGAGGUCAUCUCCUUUCAAAGAUGUUGUUCAGAAUAUACAGAAACAGGAGGUGUGUGGUAACCUGACGCUGCAGCAUCACAUGCUUGAACCUGUGCAAAGGAUUCCUCGUUAUGAGCUUCUCCUGAAGGACUAUCUAAAGAAACUUCCAGAAGAAUCUCCAGACAGGAAAGAUGCUGAAAAAUCACUGGAGCUCAUAUCUACAGCAGCAAACCAUUCGAAUGCUGCCAUCAGAAAGAUGGAAAAGAUGCACAAGCUUUUGGAAGUCUAUGAGAGACUCGGUGGUGAAGAGGAUAUUGUUAACCCAGCCAAUGAGCUCAUUAAAGAAGGACACAUUCAGAAACUUUCAGCAAAGAAUGGCACAGCACAGGAUAGGUAUUUAUUCCUGUUUAACAGCAUGGUGCUGUACUGUGUGCCAAAACUCAGACUGAUAGGCCAGAAGUUCAGUGUUCGAGAAAAGAUGGACAUUGGAGGACUGCAGGUCCAAGAAAUUGCCAAGCAAAAUGUGGCUCACACAUUUUCAAUAACAGGAAAAAAGAGAUCACUGGAACUACAAGCCAGGACUGAAGAAGAGAAGAGGGAAUGGAUUCAGGUCAUCCAAGCAACAAUUGAAAAGCACAAACAGAACAGUGAAACCUUUAGAGCUUUCAAUAGCUCUUUUUCUCAAGAAGAGGAACAUCUUCCUGAUUCAUCAAUAGCAAGUACGAGCUCUGUGGAAUCGAUGCCAGGAGCAGACAGUGGUGCAUUUGGAGGGGGAACAUCAGGACAGAGACUCAGAGAGGCUGAAAGAUGUAGGAGUGGUGUCAGCAGUCAGGCUGGACGCGGAGAAUUGGUUCUGGCGAUCAGAAGUCACGUAAUCCCACACCAGGAGCACCCAGUGACUGAAGCAGCAUUUCCACCUUCGCCUUCGGCCAUUAGCAGAAGCGAUUCCUGUAGGAAAUUUUCCAAGUCCAAGCGGGACAAGGAGAAGCAGGCAUGCAAGAGCUGCAGUGAGAGCUUUAACUCUAUCACUAAACGGCGGCACCACUGCAAGCAGUGUGGAGCAGUGAUCUGUGCAAAAUGCUCAGAGUUCAAACCACUUGCAGAUAAUAGUCGUCACAAUCGAGUGUGUAAAGAGUGUUUUCUGCAGCUGCCUCUAAGCCCGUGCAGCCCUGGGAUGGAAGCAGUAGGAGAACAGAAGAAAAGACAAGCUGCAGAGCCAGAAGUCAUUCAGAAGUCACUGCAUGCAUAAAAGGGGCCAUUCAUUUCAAUUGAAAGUGGACCCACAAAGGCUUAUCUUCAGAGUGUCUCAGAUUCUGGAAAGAGCUACUGAAACACCAGGAGAUCUUAACUUCAUGAGCCAUCCUUCCCCCUGAUAUGCUGACAUGCUAACCUGGCUUGAAUACUGCGUGGAAAAUCAGCGAACAGCUGCAGCCUAUGCUGAAAAACAUCAAACUGAAAAACAUCAAACUGAAAAACCUCUUUCUUGAAGCCUCUCCUUAUAGCCUCCAGACUGUCUUUCAGCUUUGUGAUACUUCCUCAAGAGAAGCAACCUGCACGGAAAAGAGCUAAACACUGUGCAAGAAAUACAGACCUAUUGGUGUGCAUCCAGAACUCUUGCAAUGAAUGCUUGCUCAAAUAAAGCCACCUUGGCUCUUGCCCCCGUACUUCCCAGAAUGUCCUAUUUAUUUCCAGGCUACUAAAUGUCUCGGAGGUCACCACACUGAUAAAAACUGCUACCAUGUGCCAAAUUGAACUCUGCUACUCAAAUUCUUUUUCAACUUUGUGCCCCCCAGCACACCUAGAAUCUAUAGAGUAGAGCUACAAAUGUGUGUUGUCCUUCCAUAAACUCACAUCUCUACAGAGCACGGAGAAGAUGGAGCAGAUUCUGGAUUCAGGGCUUUACACCAUCGGAAACUUUAUGUAUACGAAAUAGCUGUGCCUAAAAAUGAAGUGCAUUUAAUAUGCCUCAAUACAGUCUGAGGUAUCUCACAAUAAAUUUUCCAAUACUGUUUUAGUGGAGCUGUUCGCCAGUGAAGUGAAAACCUACAAGUACCCAGCAGUGAGCUAUGUUAAUCUGAAAAGCCAAAAAGCAAACCAGUGAAACGUGACCUAUGGCUUUACUUCAGAAAGCAGAUUACAGCAGAAAGCUGCAAAAACCCAAGGAGAAACAUUUAUUUUUCCUUUAUAUGCUCAUGCUUCUAGCCUUGUGCUAAGUCUUCAGAGGAUCAGGUAAAAUGCAAGAGAAUAUGGAUAUGAAAAAGAAAGAUCAGAGGCAGGCUUUUUCUUUCCCUCCUAUUUACAUGAAACUGUCUUAACAAACCUAAUAGCAUCUGAGGAGACUGCCGCUUCUCAAAUCUUAUUUAGCAGAGAUCCUUGGGAGACUUCUGUGCAAAGUCUGGUGUGGAAAGGAAUUUUCUUUUUCUUUGCUUUUUA